AUGGAUCCGAACGGUGAGGAUGGACCUCGUAAAGUGGAGAUUGCAGAAGUCGAUGUGGAUUUCGGUUUAAGGGUGAGGUCCCAAUCCGAACUUUUUGGCAGCACGGAGAACCCCGUGGUCCCUCCGCCUUUACAGCCUCCAUUAGCAAGCACGAUUCUUGCUGGGCUAUAUGGUCCUCCACCUGGAUCACAUGGAAACGAUUCCGCUGGGCCGAGUGCCCCUACGCAUGCGGUUGACCAGACUCAAGACGCUGAGAGGAUUCAGCGUUUGCAAGAGGAGGAGUUCCAGAGGAGGCUGAGGGGAGAGUAUGAGAAUGCGCAGAGGAGAUUAGGGGAUGUGGUAUCUGGCAACAUGGACCGCCCGCUCCGUCUCACUUCCAUCAGACUUGUCCCUCCUCCUCCAACUACACGAACAAACUUUCUCGCUUCUCUCAUCAGCCCUUUUCUCGCCCCUCCAUCACCGCAUCUCCCUCCAUGGCUUCAUGUCGCUCCUCCUCCGCCCCGCACCUUGCACGAAGUGUUAUUGACAACUCGAGCAAUGAUGCAACACAUUGACAAGUUUGGUGUUUUCGAUAUGGAAAAGAGCGGGGUGAGGCUGGAAAAUCGUAGAGGUGGAGACGAUGAUGAGGUCGAGCUGGUUCUGAGUCUAAGAGAGAGGAGCAGGUUGUUCUUGAAAGCUGGGACCGAAGUUGGUGGAGGCGAAGGAGGAGGGAACAUUACAGCUAGGCUGCGAAACGCACUUGGAGGCGGAGAAACUUUGGAAGGUCAAGCCUCUAUAGGCACGAAGACCAAGUCGGCUUACCAGGCAUCCUUAACCACACCCCUGUUUGCCUCGCCAUUACUCUCGUUUGCGCUCUCAGCCUUUUCAUUUGACAGGGACAAUUCUGCGUUUGCCUCACAUCGUGAACAAGCUUCUGGAGGUCGAGCAAAGCUCAGUGCCAUCGAGCCGUAUGGCCUUCAUGAUCUCACCUACGAGUAUAUCAAAAGGGAUAUCAAUCAUCUCAGUCCCGAGGCUUCCAUCUCAGUUCGUCAAUUGGCGAGGGAAUCGACAAAGUCUUCACUAUCGCAUACCUUUACUUCGGACACCAGGGAUGACCCCUGGUUGGGCACGUCGGGACGACUGCUCAAAAUCACUCAUGAAUACGCUGGUCUCCCUGGAUCUUCUUCCUCGGUCCGUUUCUUCAAAUCACUAUCACAAUCCCAAUUCUCUAGGGCUCUCUUCGAAGGCUCAAAUAUUACCUAUUCUCUAAGCUCACUCACAUCUAUCCUCUAUCCCUUGGGUCCCCGGUCCCGGCCAACAGAACUCCCUGAUCGGUUGUUCCUCGGUGGUCCCAAUUCUCUUCGAGGAUGGAGAGUUGGCGGCAUGGGAUUACGCGACGGUCCAGAUUCAUUAGGUGGUGAAUUAUCAUGGGGUGGGGGAUUGAGUGUCUUUGCUCCGAUCUGGCCAGGGAAAGGAUACUGGCCAGUGAGGGGUCACGGUUCUUUGAACGUUGGGAAAGUCGUGGGAUACGACAGAGAUCGGACAUUUGGAGAUAACAUGAUGAGAAUGUACAGGAAUCCCAAUGUGUCUGUAGGCCUCGGCCUGAUGUAUAGGCUUGAUCCGAUUCGUGUAGAAGUCAACUUUUCAAUGCCACUCAUCGGUCGGAAGGGUGAAAGGACAGCGCGUGGUUUCGGCGUCGGAGUAGGCAUCGAAUUCCUGUAG